GAUCGCAUGGGAUUGACAGCUUUUGACAGUGCGACGUGCCGUUGACGGUGGUGGUGGUGGUGCGCUGCGUGGCCGAGGUUGACGGACUCCUCGCGCGUGGCUUACACAUUCUUUUCUAAUUUUAUAGAAAGAAACCUCGAAUGUGUCUCACCGCCUGUCCGGCAAUGCCGGGGCUGGGUGGGCCCGCGCUCGCGGACACGGCGAAGUCGUGAGAUAAGGUCGACUCCACGCAGGCAAGCUCCACACGGUCCGAUCGGCAUGGGCGAGAUUUCGGAGCCUUUUCGGGACGAAACGGGCUUUGCCGUCGGAAACGACCGGACUGAUUCAUCCACGAGGCACGACGUUCGUCUGCCCGAAGGAAUGACAAUGCAGGAUGACACUUUGCAAGUUCGGGACGAUCACCGCGAAAGCAGCAUGUUCGAAAAUAAAAGCGACUCAGCUCAGUUAUCAAGAAAGAAUGAGGGAGAAGUGAAAUCAAAUUGUUCGACGGACAACGUCAACUUAUCCGUCACUUUUGAAGAGGAUAAAUCUAUCGUUGAUGUUCCGAAUACGAAACUUCAAAUUUGCCAGUUGUCCAGUAGCGAGAGUCGCCUUUCGUAUGACGAUGGAUCUCCUCGCGAUACACUCUCCCACUGUAUCAGUGCUUCAUUGCCCGCGAUACCAUCUUUGGAUGCAUACUUAGCCAGAGAUAAAGAGAACACAUUUGAAAGGGAUGUACAUACACAGGGAAACGUAUCGACAACUUGCCCCGAGGAAGAAGAGACACUGUUUAAUCGAUCAAGCGAGAUAAAUAAUCUUUUAUCCAAUUCGCAAUGUUCCAUAAACGAAAGGAUUGCUGAGGCGUGCCAGAGUGAUUCAACGAGAAAUGAACAAGAGAGAGAUUAUCUGAAAGAGCGGAUUGAAGAAAGUGAUAAAUCUGAGAUGAAACAAUUUUGCGAAGAAAGGAUAGAUUCACGAUUGCGGAUAAAUGAUAACAAGAUUACGAACGAGCGAAAUCAAGUUGACGUAAAUCAAGUAGACGUAAGGAAGAACGGAUCGAAUUCAACUACGGCACUAAGUACUAACGCGCGAGGUUCAGUGUCUCGACCGACCCUGGCCGAUGACAGCAAACUCGUGAAAAUGUCCCUUCUGACGAAUCCAAUGAAUAUAAUGCAGUCGAACGUUCAGCUUUUGAACAAGAGCCGUAAUUUUUUAAACUUUAUCACGGAGAAGUCGACGAACAUCAUGGAGAAAGCUCUACUGCCACAGCAUCUGGCGAUGAAAUACAAUCACGUGUCGAAAUCUUUCGAAAGCGAUGUCGCGGGAUUUUUUACCAGUAACGUGUCUUCUCUCGAUGACGUAACAUCUCGAUUAGAUAUGGAUUCGCCGACAAAUCAGAAUAAUACAAGUUGUACGGUAAGACAAAAUCACAGGGGGAGCAGCGAGGAGAACUUGGAUAGCGUAACAAGUAAUGAGAAAGAGGUGAAUCCGUCUGUAUGUACGAAAGAAAACAAAACGUAUGAUGACUCUGGAGGACAGCAGUUAUGCAAUAACAGUCUUGAGAAUGAAGUUAUACCGGACGAGAAAAAGUAUCAUGCACUUAAAAACAAUGACUUCGAUAGAUUAGAUUAUGAUGUAAUCGAUCAACAAGUAAAACGCGACGUGUCGCCGAUGGAAACGGACGAGACUAAAGAUUUUUUGCAGACGGACGAGUUAUACGAUGACGCGUGCAAGGAAGACUCAUUUGAUAUUAGGACCUUGGAAGAUUCAAAUAUUUUGAAAUACGGUCUGUCGGAACAUCCGUCGUAUGUCGCUCUAUUGGAUGAUUAUGCGAGUUUAAAACUCAAGCACUCGAAACUACUGGAGAGAAUGGAGUAUUUAAAGAAGUUGAAUCGAUCGAAGAGCUCGGGUCAAGAGACUGAAACAAAUGCGGACGCGCUUGUCUCGCAGGUGGAGAACUUGGAGAAAACUGUGAAUAAAUUGACUGCCGACUUGAACACAUCGCUGGACACGCAGGACGCCCUGAAGAAGGAGUGUGCCGCGGUUAAUAAGGAGAAGGAGGACAUGGUUAUGAGAUAUGUAACCAGCGAGAAACAGCUGAUAGAUACGCAAAGGGCGAGGGAUUCCAUGGAACGUAAAGUCAAAGAACGUCUAAAGGAUCAGGAAUUACUGCAAAACAAGUUGCGCCAAUCGCAGGGUGAGCGCGUAAGAAUAUGUAACAUUUUGGACGGAAAAUGCCGCGAGGUAACUGAUUUUCAAAAGGAGAUAGAGAAUUUAAAGGAGGACGUUAAAUUGAAAGAGAUCAAGCUGAAGUGGACGCAAACUAAACUUAAAACCGAAAUGGAGUCACAAAAAGAUACUCAACAAAAAUUGGAUAAAGCAUUGAUGAAAAUAAACGAUAUGAAAGAAGAGUGCGAGCAGAUACGCCGCGAGACGCAGGAAUCAUUUCGUAAAUUUCAACAAUCCGAAGAGAAUAAAGCUGUAACGUUGGACCAACAGCUGAAAGAGCAUCAGGCGCGUUUGAUUUUGGAGAGGCACGUUACAGAAGAUAAAGAAACGCUAAGGCUCCAAUUGCAAAAGGAGCUAGAAACGCUGAAAUCUAAGCAGCAAAAUUUAAUUGAAGAAAACAAGAAGCUCAGCCUGACAGUACAAGAGUCUGAGAAAGUUCGAAAAAACAAUGAAAAUGAUUUGAGUGAUUUAAGGACCGUCGCGGAUCAACGUCAGCGACAAAUCACCGAAUUGUUAGACAAAGUCUCCCAGUUAGAAACAUUAAAACUACAAUUGCAACAUAAAGAAGAGCGUAUAGCGUCGAUCGAAUCAAAAUUGCUGCAAUUACAAUCGUCUAACGAGGAAUUGCUAUCCGACAUGCAGGCGUGCCGCCAGAAGGAAGCGGAUAUGUUGGAUUUUACGCAAAAACUGACGGACACGAACGUACGUCUUCAAUCCGAGUUUAUCGCGAUCCAAACGAAGGCGAGUCAUCUUGAAUCCGAACAAGGUCCGCUACGUGACUGCAUCAGCGAAUUGACCGGCAGGGUGAAAACCCUGGAAGAGGAUUUGAUGCAAGAGCGGAAAAAGCGGAGAGAGGAGUGCGAGAUUCUGGCCAAGCAUGUCGCCGAACAAACUCAACUCGCGCAGAAUUUUGCCCAGAAGUUGGAGGACAGUCAGGGUGAAAAUGCGCUAUUAAAGAGGAAGCAUCAAACUUCCGUAAGGGAAAUGACACGGGAAUUGCAACAAUGCCAUAGAAAGUUAGAAACGCUUGAAGCUACAUCACCCAGUAAUUCAUUGGAUAUCGCCUCCAGGACUGGAUCUAACACUUCCCUAGCAGGCGAUACAUCGAACGGUGCCUUAUCAGACAACAACGCUAAUAGUGAUCAUAUUAACUCAAUAGAGCUUAAUAAACAAGUACUAAUGGAGCGCAUCAUCAAGCUGCAAGAUAUAAAUGUAAAAAGGGCUGAAAAGUUAGAUUUUUUCAAAGAACAUACACAGACAUUACUCGAAGACAUACAGAAGAAAGAGAAAAUAAUACAAAAUUAUGUUUUGCAUCAAAACUUUGGAGCGUUGACAUGUAACGACAGAGAUAGAUACAAGCAUAUCAAAAGCAGAAGAGAUAUAGCAGAAUUGGCACGACGUGGAGGCAUAAUGGCGUCUGUUUACAAUCAUCGAGUUUCGGAUGAGAAUAUGACUCUAGAACUUUCUUUAGAAAUAAACCAAAAGUUACAAGCGCUUCUUGAAGACGCGUUACUAAAAAAUAUCACUUUAAAGGAAAAUAUUGAUACAUUAGGUAAAGAAAUAGCAAAAUUAACAAUGCAGCAACAUAAAAAACAAAUUAAUAAUUAAUAAUUAGUUAUAUGUAUAAGUGUAUAUAUACGCAGCAUAUAUGAACUAUAUAUA